UUUGUUCACACUGUGCAGGUUUUGAAUUGUGUUGAAAACAUGGAAGGAGACCCAGAGGCUGAGAUGUUCUCCAUCGAAGUUAAGAAACUGGUGUUACCUGAUGGAAGUACUAGGACUGAUGUACUUUUAGACACAGAAAGAACUGUCAGGGCGGAAAAGGAGAGAAUUCUCAGAGAGGCUGAAAUCCCAUACCCCAUCCUCUAUGUUAUGACAGUACAUGGUCCAAACAGAUCUCGUGAGGUUCUUGAAGACUCCAAAUUUGUGGAAGCAUAUGCAGAAAUACUCGCAGGUGGUGCAGAGUAUGUGAUUCACAUUGAAAAGAAGAGUUCUCAGGUGGAGCGGCCACCGAGGGCAGUCAACCCACAGCUGUUCAACAUCAGCUUGAAGUGA